GUCUGGCUCUGAGCCGUCCAGGAGGCGCGUCUCGCUCGCUUGAAGAGCUCUCGGGCUGUUACACGAUCGGCCACUGUAUUGCCCCGUGCCCUACACUUUGCCGCGCUCCGCCCGGCCCAGGGCCGCGCCCCUGGACUAAGAGCUUAUAACACACGUAACACAUCGUUGUGGUCUCCUUCAGUAGAGUUACCGACAAUACAAUGGUGGACCUGAUGAGUGUGCGAGGCGCAGGGUGGGCGUUGGCGGCGGUGCUCGCGGUGAUGGUGUGGCCGACGCUGGACGGCCUUCCCAGGAACAGUCUGACUCUUGUGUCGCCCUCCGGAAACCGCACCACCUGGUGGACGCGGGGCAGCACGGGCCCUUGGCAGCCUCAGCAUGUGUGGCAACCCGCGGGGCGUCUUCCCGUCAAGGUGCGCAUCACAACAAAACUCAAGUCAGCCAAGCACCGGGGGCCGCCCCUGCACCCCGACACUUACUCCGACACAGCAGCAGCAGUAGCAGGAGCAGGAGGAGCAUGGCACAAUAGCAACCCCAAUUCCUGUGCCCACUGCGGGACAUCCAUUAUCUCAGGCAACAGAGGGCACAACUGGGUGGGGAAGCUGCCGCACAUGGGGGGCCGCCCGUCCGUCACAGUGUGGCCCUUCUCCGUCAGCAGUAACGGCCGCGUCAAUGUCACCACCAUAGAGAAGGGCAUCCCCAACACCAAGUCCUUCCUCAUCUACUUCGCGAAGGAUAACGGGCCCAUCUCCCCGUUCCACGACAUCCCGCUGUUCGCCAAUGAGGGUAACAAGAUCUUCAACAUGGUGGUGGAGGUGCCGCGCUGGACUAACGCUAAGAUGGAGAUCGCCACCAAGGACCCUCUGAACCCAAUCAAGCAGGAUGUCAAGAAGGGCAAGUUGAGGUUUGUGGCCAAUGUCUUCCCUCACCAUGGCUACAUCUGGAACUAUGGUGCCCUUCCCCAGACCUGGGAGGAUCCAAGCCACAUGGAUGAAGCAACUGGUUGUAAAGGAGACAAUGACCCCAUUGAUGUGUGUGAGAUUGGCUACCGAGUGGCCAAGCGAGGCGAGGUGCUCCAGGUUAAGGUGCUGGGUACCAUUGCUCUGAUUGAUGAGGGAGAGACGGACUGGAAACUGAUUGCUAUUGAUGUCAAUGACCCCUUGGCCCCCCAACUGAGUGAUAUUAAUGAUGUAGAGAAGCAUAUGCCAGGCUUUCUAAAGGCAACUGUGGAGUGGUUCAGGAUUUAUAAGAUUCCUGAUGGCAAGCCUGAGAACCAGUUUGCAUUUAAUGGAGAAGCGAAGGACAGAGAAUUUGCUCACAAGGUGAUCAUGGAGACCCAUGAGUCCUGGCAGCACCUGGUGGAGGGCAAGUCUGAUGCUGGGGGACUGAGCACAAGCUGUGUCACGUUGCCCAAUGCUCACAGCAAGCUGUCUGUGGUGGAGGCUGAAGAGGUGGUGGGCAGCUCACCUGAAGCAGGUCCUGGGCAGCCUAUUGAUCCCAAAGUUGACCUGUGGCAUUACGUGUCACUGAAGUGACUGUCUCACACACCUAAGCCUCAUCUGUGACUUAAGACUCAGCCUGGCAUGUUGGAGCGCCUUGUUUUGCAUGGAAUAAAGUAAGACUUGUAUGAAAAUUUAAACCAGAGGCUGUAUUUGUUUGUUUGUCAAACAUCAGUUUCAUUUUUUGGAAAUCUUAUUUUAUUUCAUUUGUACAAAUUAAUACCCAAGAUUGCUAGGGAAAAAAAAUUGUUAUUAUUUAUGUAUUUAUUAUGCAUGUCUAGUAUGAGGCUAUUGUUAAUGUGUUGAAACCUCAAUGGCAUCGAACAAGAAUGUUUAGAUUA